CCGCCCCGCGCGUCAGCGCCAGCCGGGGCCGCGCUGCUAUGGCGGUGGCGGCGGCGGGCAAGGCCGCGGCGGCGGCCUACGGGCAUGGCGAGAGCGGCGGGGGCCGCGGCGCCGGCGGCGGCUUCCUGGGGCCGCGGGUGCCGGCCGAGGUGGAGGCCAUGGCCCGGGGCGUGCAGGACGUGGGGCAGGAGACCUUCCGGCGGCUCCUCAAAGUCACUGUUAAUGCAUUGGAAGGAAAAGACUGCAAGGAAUCUGUCAAGCUGAUUGCAGAAAGCAGUAAUCUCUCUGAAGAGCAACUUGCUUUCCUCAUUUCUGGCAUGUAUACCCUUCUCCGAGAAGCAUUGAGACUCCCCUUAUCAACUUUCAAACAAGAAGUUUUUAAGGAAGACCUAAAGGAGCUCAGGAUACCAGAAGAUUUCAUUGUGGACUUUUGCAGUAUAGUCUUUGGUAACAGGCGUCCUGCUUCAGAAGGCACAGCUCUGAUGCAAAGAAGUAGGCUGCCAAGUGUCCAGGACUUAAAGUGGAGAGUGGACGUAGCUAUAUCCACAAGUUCACUGGCCCGUGCACUUCAACCAUCCAUUCUAAUGAUGAUGAAGCUUUCAGAUGGGACAGCUCAUCGCUUUGAAGUGCCAAUUGCAAAGUUUCAAGAACUGAGAUACAAUGUUGCCCUUAUACUGAAGGAAAUGAAUGAUUUGGAGAAAAGGAGCAUACUGAAGAUCCAGGACUGAACACUUUUAAAUUGGGAGUUUAUAGAACAGAUCUGAAGCCCUCAGCGUGUUUUGCAAAUGGCAAAGUAGGGGACCAUCACCACUUUGCCUGUCUGAACUGCAGUGUAGCAUUUAUGAUGUCUGCUGUAAAUAUUUUUUCAAUUCAAGUGUUAAAAGCACAAGCUCUUUUCAUAAGACUUAGGAAAAACAAAAAAUAAUCUAUGAAAAAGUAUAAUGCUGUUUGUGAGCAUUUUUGCAUGAUUCAUCAAAACGUUUUUUAAAUAACUGUCUUAAUAGAUGUAAGAGUCGUUUAUUUCUGAUUAUGAUUCAUCACUCUAAUUAUUUUUGAAAGCCUGCUACCGGAAACCCUGUCAAUGUGUAUCAUAAGAGAGCUCUGCAAUAUCUCCAAUAAAAAAUAAAAUUAAAACUCCUGCA